AUGGGUUCACUAGUCUUCUUUCACUUCCUUCUACUCUCUUUGUCAUUUCCAUUCCCACUUUCAUCUUCAGCAGUCGUUAUCAGUAAUGGCACAUCCCUAUCGAUAGAGAAUCCAGAUAUUCUAAUAUCACCAAAUGGCGACUUCUCUGCUGGCUUUUAUUCAGUGGGUGAUAAUGCCUUUUGCUUUGCCAUUUGGUUUAGCAACUCACGCACCGUAGUCUGGAUGGCAAACCGUGACCAGCCAGUUAAUGGGAAGCACCCAAAGCUCUCUAUCCUCGAAACUGGCAAUCUCAUCUUAACUGAUGCCUCUAACUUAAAUGUCAAAGUUUGGGCCACAAACACUGCCUCACUCUCCUCGGUCCAAUUAUUUCUCUACGACACCGGUAAUCUUGUUCUACGUAACAAGGAAGGUGUUUUGUGGGAAAGCUUUGACUUCCCUACAGAUACCCUUCUUCCUGAACAACGUCUCACCAGAAACACAAAGCUUGUCUCCUCAAGAAGCCAGGCCAACUAUUCCCCUGGUUUAUAUGAGCUUUCCUUCAACAACAGUGGCUUUCUUAGACUUCUUUAUAAUAGUUCUGAUUCCAGUAGUUACUGGGUGCCGUCACCUUUAUCAUGGCCUCUGUACAAUAAUAGCAGAAUUGCUGUCCUUAAUGUCAUAGGGAACUUCAGCUCAUCCGAUAAUUUUACUUUUAUGUCAGCUGACUAUGGAGCAGUGCUUCAUAGAAGAUUGACACUUGAUUACGACGGUAAUCUUCGAUUGUACAGUUGGGAAGAGGAGGGGCAGACUUGGGUUGUUUCAUGGCAAGCCAUUCAGAGUCCUUGCGGGAUUCCUGGUGGUUGUGGGGCCAACAGUUUUUGCAGUUAUGGUAUUGGUACCGGCAGGAAAUGUUCCUGCUCACCAGGAUACAAGAUGAAAAAUCGUAGCAAUUGGGCUGAUGGCUGUGAACCCGAAGUUUAUAUCUCUUGCACGGAAAUGCCGAAAAGUGAGUUAGGCUUUGUGCUGUUAUCCCAUGUUGACUUUUUCGGGUAUGAUUUUACAAUCUUCCCUAAUUACACCUUUGAUCAAUGUUCGGAUCAAUGUUUGACAGCAUGUGAUUGCAAAGCGUUCCAAUACCGUGGUGAUUCAAAUUGUUAUCUGAAGACACGAUUGCUGAAUGGAAUUCGUUCGCCACAUUUAUGGGGAGAUAUCUAUUUGAAACUACAAAAAAGCAAAAUCUUGUCUGAUGCCAAUCCUUUAGAAGAAUUCUGUUUAAUUUGCUCAAGUGAUCAUACACUACAAAGCUGUAAAAAAGGGACAAUGAAAUUCAUGCUCUGGUUUGUUGGUGGAGUGGGUGGACUUGAAAUUUUCUCCAUCAUUGUGGUGUGGUGUCUCUUCAACAAAACUCAGAGAAGUUUAUGUGUUUAUAAGCAAGCCUAUGAUCGGGCUGCCAUUGGGUUCAGGAAAUUUACAUAUACUGAGCUAAAAAAGGCCACAAAGAGUUUUACUGAGGAGAUUGGAAGAGGUGCAGGAGGAAUUGUCUACAAAGGGGUGUUGUCUGACAAUCGAGUUGCUGCAAUCAAACGUCUCCAUGAAGCCAACCAAGGAGAAGAUGAAUUUCUAGCUGAAGUAAGCAUCAUUGGAAGGAUUAACCACAUGAACCUAAUAGAGAUGUGGGGGUGUUGUGCAGAGGGAAAGCAUAGGAUUUUGGUGUAUGAGUACAUGGAGCAUGGUUCUUUAGCAAAAAACCUAUCAUCCAAAGCACUUGAUUGGGAGAAAAGAAUUAAAAUUGUUGUGGGUACUGCAAGAGGCCUAGCCUAUUUACAUGAGGAUUGCUUGGACUGGAUUUUGCAUUGCGAUGUAAAGCCCCAGAAUAUACUUUUGGACUCGAAUUAUCAACCAAAGGUGGCAGAUUUUGGCCUAUCAAAACUACAAAACAGAGGUGUCUUUAUGAAUACAAGCUUCUCAAAAAUAAGAGGAACUCAAGGUUAUAUGGCUCCAGAUUGGGUUUUCAAUCUACCUAUCACUUCCAAAGUGGAUGUUUAUAGCUAUGGAAUUGUCGUGUUGGAAAUGGUAACCGGAGUGGGUCCAUUAGGGCACAAAAGGCUGGUUACAUGGGUGAGGGAAGUAAUGAAUAGAGUGGCUGCAAAUACUUCCUCACUUGAAGAGCUUAUUGAUCCACUGUUGGAAGGCAAAUAUGACAUUGGCAUGAUGGAAACUUUGGUUGAGAUUGCUUUACAAUGUGUAGAAGAAGACAGAGAUGAAAGACCUACCAUGAGCCAAGUAGUUGAGAUGCUAUUAGGUCAGGAAAAAGAUUCAUAAAGCAAGCAUUGUUAUGAAGCAAUUAUCCAAUAAAUUGGAGUCAUUCUUUACAUUGGGCUGGCAUUUAGCAUGCACAUUUAAGUGAAAUAAGUGUGUAUGUUUUUUUUUAAAAAAUU